AUGACAUUUGGAAAUGGAAUUUUUCCAAUCCGGACUGAUGGCAGCUUCCGUCAAAGGAUGCAGUCAAGUCACCACCGUGGACAGAGUGCUUUUGAGGAUUUAAACAUUGAUAUGGUUAAGUGCUUCCCUCUUGACCCAAUGCACCUAGUCUAUUUAGGGGUAGUUAGGAAGCUUAUAAGUCUCUGGCAAGACUUAGCUAAAAGGAAGGAAAUGCACGUAAACCGGCUUAUGCUUGAAAGCAUUGAUGGGAAGAUAUUAGCUUCUGCUGGAAUGACACCCAGGGACUUCCCCAGAAAGUGUAGGGGGCUCACCGAAGUUAGUCGGUGGAAAGCCACUGAAUGUCGCAUCUUCCUCCUAUACCUAGGGCCUGUUUUACUUAAGGACACUAUGCCACCUGCAAUAUACCGCAACUUCCUAAGACUUAGUAUACCUGUUUACCUUCUUUCUAAUAAAAGGUUUUACCGUAAUUACUUGGAAGGUUGCAGAGAUGAGUUACUCAACUUCCUCAAUGAGUUUGAAUUUAUUUAUGGCAGGGAGCACUUAGUUUAUAACAUACAUUGUCUGCAACACUUAGCGGAAGAUGUACGUGAAAUGGGUCCUUUAGAAUCGUUUUCCGCGUUCCCAUUUGAGUCUUAUAUGCAGACAAUUAGGCGUUCCAUCCAUUCUAACAAUGCCAUUGCUAAGCAGGCGGCGCAAAGAUUUUCAGAAAAGGUAUUCCACGACUGCAAUUCAGGAGCAAGACACGAUAACCUUAUAGAUGAAUGUGAAAUAGAUGUAGAUAGGCAAAUAGUUCACACCAAAUUAAGCCCCCACACGGUAGAAAUUAAGCCAUCACUUAUCACUUGUAAGUGCUUCUGUAUUCGUACAGACAAGUAUGAAGUAGCAGUGCCGUUGCCUCAUACUUUCGCAGAAACUGCUUAG